CUUCAUUAAAUGAUAGUGCUAAUGAUAUCAAAUAAUUUUAAGAUUGAUUUUUGAAAGAUUAUAAUAUUAAAAUUUUUGAUGUCAGCUAAAUUCAUUGAAUUAUAACCUUUUCUUUCUCCAUGUAGGCUGAUCAGCUGACUGAAGAACAGAUUGCUGAAUUCAAGGAAGCUUUCUCCUUAUUUGAUAAAGAUGGCGAUGGCACCAUCACAACAAAAGAACUUGGAACCGUCAUGAGGUCACUGGGUCAAAACCCGACAGAAGCCGAAUUGCAGGAUAUGAUCAACGAAGUAGAUGCUGAUGGUAAUGGCACCAUUGACUUCCCAGAAUUUUUGACUAUGAUGGCUAGAAAAAUGAAAGAUACCGAUAGUGAAGAAGAAAUCCGCGAGGCAUUCCGAGUCUUUGACAAGGAUGGAAAUGGUUACAUCAGUGCAGCAGAACUACGUCACGUCAUGACAAACUUAGGAGAAAAACUAACAGAUGAAGAAGUAGAUGAAAUGAUCAGAGAAGCAGAUAUUGAUGGAGACGGACAAGUCAACUAUGAAGAAUUCGUACAGAUGAUGACUGCAAAAUGAAGACCUACUUUCAACUACUUUUUCCCCCCUCUAGAAGAAUCAAAUUGAAUCUUUUACUUACCUCUUGCAAAAAAAAAAAAGAAAAAAAAGAAAAGAAAAAAGUUCAUUUAUUCAUUCUGUUUCUAUAUAGCAAAACUGAAUGUCAAAAGUACCUUCUGUCCACACACACAAAAUCUGCAUGUAUUGGUUGGUGGUCCUGUCCCCUAAAGAUCAAGCUCCACACCAGUUUUACAAUAUAAAUACUGUACUACCUUAAUGAUAAGGAAGCACUUAGUGGACUCCUUAAAGUUCCAUUUGCUAAUGAUUAAUACACUGUUUGGGCUGGCCAGUUUUUCAUGCAUGCAGCUUGAUGAUUGAGCACAGUCAGGCAUUUGUAUUAAAAUCAAAAAAUGAAAAAACAAAUUCAAGACUAUCAGAUGGGUCCUAGUGCAGUUUGUUAGCAUAAAUUGUCAUAGCUGGUUUACCGAAAACACAUUUAAAAUUGGUUUACCUCAGGAUGAUGUGCAGAAAAUGGGUGAAGGUUAAACUGCUGAGACGGUAGCCCCAGUAGUCGGAUGGUCCUCUUGUACUUCAUGUGCUCUGACCCAUGGUGACAAUGACACCCUGGUGGUAUGCCUGCAUAUGUUGGUUUAGCAUUGUCUGCAUUGUGUUAGAGUGAAAUGGGUGUCAGGCUGUCACCUCUCACACAAUUUUUAAUAAGAAUUCUUUAUCAAGGGAGCAUCUUUGGACUCUCUGUUUUUAAAACCUUCUGAACCAUGACUUGGAGCCGGCAGGGUAGGCUGUGGCUGUGGACUUCAGCACAACCAUCAAUGUUGCUGUUCAAGAAAUUACAAUUUAUGUCCAUUCCAAGUUGUAAAUGCUAGUCUUUUUUUUUUUUUUUUCCAAUAAAAGACCAUUAACUUAAAGUGGUGUUAAAUGCUUUGUAAAGCUGAGAUCUAAAGGGGGAUGAGGCAGUUGAAGGGGAGACCAAUGUACAUUAAAUACCCACAGCCCAGUGUUGGGUUUUCCCUCCCUCCAAGAUUCCAGCACCACCUCCGAGCCCAAGACCUUGCCUAAACAUGGGCAGCUGCCACCGAUGGCUUUUAUCAUACCUGAGGAUGUGUAAGUCUAGUUGCAUUUUUCUCUGGGGGAGGGGGGAGGCAAAUCAUGGUAACUUAAUGACCUAUUCAGGCUGUGGAGCUCUUAAGGAAGGAAAAAACCACUUUCUCAAGCAUGUAUUUAGGGGUUCUUCUCAAUUGUGCUGCUGAUUACCUGUUUUAUGUAACUACUUGAGACCAUCUGUGCAAGAGACAUGGUUUAGUGUGUCUGUAAUUCAAUCCUCGCUGUGUGUGGUAGAAGCAGUAGUCCUUUCCUAAGCCAGUCUCUUCAUGCCUAAAAGACACUACCAGUCACCUUUGAUUCCGUUUUUAAUUUAUAAUUCUAUUUAACAUCCCCCUUUUACUUUUUUUCUUUAAGUUGACUUGGCUUUGCCCCACACUUCCUUCCCCACCCCCUCCAGGUAGAACUAAUGCUAAGCCUCUGGCUUGAAAGUAAAACUCCAGCCCAGAGUGAAUUUCAUGUCUAAUUAUAAACCUUUAACCAAAACUCAGACAUGCUGAUGCUGGUUUUGUAAUGGAAUUGGUCCAUUUUAAAAAGCCCCCUUAAAAGCAUAUUGCCUUUAAUGCAGUGCUCUUGAAAUGCAAGCUGGGUUUGUAUUUUUCAGGGUGUGCACUGGUUGUGUCUUAGCAGGGAGAUGGGUUCUUGAGUGGUGGCAUGGGUGGUUUUAAUUUGCCGGGGGAUGGUGGCAGGCUGCUAGCAAGGCAGUGUGAGGAGCUCUGGGCAGCCAAAUGGGUGCAUUCAGGGCUGAUUUAGAGCCCUUGGCUUCUCCUUCCUCUCCUACUCCCUGUCUUUCUGGCAUUUUGUAGCUUGUUAGUUUUCUGCCAGAGGGGUGGGUCAGAGCAGUGGAGAGGACACAUUGCCCGUGGCCUCUGCUGUGAGUCCUUGGACGGGUAGUUGGCCUUUCUCAAUUCCCUGAGUCUGCGGGAACACCCGAGUACCUGGGGUUCCUCUUCUGUUGAGUUACUGAGGGCUUCUGGUUUGAACAAGUGAACGACAUGGAUGUUUCUGGUAGGGAGGUCAAAUGGCCCAGUUGCUGACCCAGUCUCGGGCCUUUGGUCAUGACUGGUAGUUUCAAAGUCGGGUGGGGAUGGCAACUUGUUUUUAAAAACUUAACCUCGCUCACCCUUUUACUGAGUCUUUCUAGAAGUGGGUGGACUCUAUUUUCAUAGUCCUGCAGCCUAUCCUAAAAGACUACUUUUGAAACAGGGUUCUUGGGGGGCCAGGAUCCUGUAUGGGAACCAGAAGCCCACCCUCCUCCCCAGGGAAUAACGUUGGGGCCUGGAACGGAGGUGAGGCAGAGUCUACUGUAGCCUUCGCCCCUGGCGUCUUGGGGCAGGACCGGCCCAGGGGUGGGUGUCGGCAGUCUGCUUGAGUUGGAGGAAAGCGCCUGGUGUCAUGGCAGUACCCUUGAAGUUGGGUAGCACCUUCCUGUAAACUCGCCCCUACUUCUAACUGCUCUAUAAAUAUAUACAUAUAUUUAUAUAUAUAAAAUGACUAGUUUAACUGGCAUCCUGCUUCAGCCUGAGACUUGCCAUAAGAAACUGCUGAGUACUUGGCAAAGCCUUUCAUAGUUUCAUUCUCCAUCUGUUUGGGGUAGGUGUUGAGCAAGGCAAGUGGGUCUCAAUACUUCAGAGGGUCUUUGAUGCACUGUUGCCAGGGAAGGAUUUUUCUGAUUUUUUGACAAAUUUUUGCACACUUUAAUUGGUGUCUUUUGGCAACUUAAAACACAUUGAAGAUGAGCUAUUGUACAUAUUUUUAUAUUCUCUUUAUAAAUGCAUGUCAGACUGUACUUGUACCAAUAUUGGAAUGAAUGGCUGUCCAGUAGGCCUAGUGCUGCUGUCACAUCAGAGGAAUAGCAUAUAUAUUAGCCCCUCAGCAUCCUGGAAACCUCUUCCUGAACAAAGAAUGUAAAUUUGGUCAAGUCUACUCUUCAAUUAUUUUAACCAUUUGAAUUAUUUAUUGUAUAUCCUAAAUAUAUUUAUCCUUUUGAGAGUGACUAGAUUUCCACUGAUGUGUCUUAAUCUGUCCCUUCAGAUGGCAGUUAAUGGUUUUCCUUUUUAAUCCCUUGAAGUUGUCCUGUAGGAGACAGAAACUGUCUGUCCCUUGGAGUAGAAGGUAGUGGCAUGGGUAGAGUGUGUUCUUUCUCCAAAUCUAUUAUGAUGUUCAUUAAACACUUCUGUAGCAAAGAUGGCGGUGGUUCUUUGGUUACUGAAGUUGCCCUUCACCAUGGCUAUUUGGAAAGGAGAUGUACUUGAACGUUUCUGUAAAUCUCAAACUGUUUGGAGAUUCAACCACCUCUCGGAUGGGGGACCAACUCUAUGGAAAUUGUAAAUAAGUUUUAUUUAUAAACCUGGCACUGUAUUCAAUAAACAUUUCUGCAGCCUUUCAUCUCUAA